GACAUACUGCAGCUCCGGGGGGCUGACCUGGCGGGAGGGGCCGCGCAGACCGCUCCGGUACCGCUUUGUGCGCGCACCGCUGGCCUCUCUGCUCCCGGGUCUGCCCCCCCGGACGCCCCCCUGUCCCGCCUCAGCCAUGCAGCCCUACCUGCCUCUCCUCUGUGGACCUCUGGGGAGCAGCCGCCCACCCCGGGGGCUCGCGCCCUGACUGCGCCCGGAGCCGACCAAGACCUUGUGCGAGUAAGCCCAACCAUGGUGCAUCCAGAUUCUCCUCAAGAGUGAGACUUUCCGAAGGACCAAUGACUCUGUUCCCCGUGCCCUUUCAUUUUUUCCUCCUACUCCAUAGCUAUGUCUCGAUCCCGCCAUGCAAAGCCUUCCAGAUUCGUCAGGAGGGACGAUCUAAACAAAAAGAAAAGCAGUCAGCUGAAGAAGACACCCAAGCCAGUCAACAAAAAUGUGGCAUCAGUCAAGACAAUGAGCCCUGGAAAACUAAAGCAAUUAAUUCAAGAAAGAGAUGUUAAGAAAAAAACAGAACCCAAACCACCACCCAUGCCAGUCAGAAGCCUUCUGACAAGAGCUGGAGCAGCACGAAUGAAUCUGGAGAGGGCUGAGGCUCUUCUUCAGAACCCCGAGUCCUUAACUUGCAAUGGGUUUACAAUGACUCUCCGACGGUCCUCUCUUAGCAGGCGACUCUCCCAACCCCCAGUAAUCAUAGCCAAACCCAAGAAAGUUUCACCUCCUAAGAAUUUAGAAAAACAACGUGAGUGUGAUUAUAAGGUACUUACUAAUACAGAAGUCAAGCACUCAGAGAAUGAUUCUGUCCCAACACAAGACCCGCCAACCCCUCCUCAUACAGAGAAUCUAAUUGGCAUACAAAAUGUAUCUUUAAUUAAAGGUGAGAGCCAAGGGACAACCCAGUCUUGGUCCCAAAGGGUUGAGGAUUCCAAAAUAACUUUUCCCACUCACAGUGGCCCUGCAACAGAGAUCCUUUCUGGGGCAUUGGAAGGGACACAUGGUGACGGGUUAUUCUCUAAAGAGACGUUGAAUGAUAUCAGUGAUUUCCCUAGAAUGUUUGCUCAGGACACUCUGUGUGCUCCUUUGCUCCAAAGAGCAGCCCUCAAAGUUACCUCUGAAGAAAACACCAGCAUUCAAUUAGAAGAUUUAGGUUCACGAGUAAAGUCUCUUAAGCUAUCUGAUUCUUACCUGGAUCCCAUCAAAAGUGAACAUGAUUGCUGCCCCACCUCCAGCUUUAAUAAGGUUGUACCUGAAUUGGACCUUAGAAACUGUUUGUCUAUUGGUGGGUCAAUAUAUCCUACCUCAUUAUUAAAACUCCUCUUGGCAGGCUCAGAACAAGGAACCCUUGGUGCUAAGCCAGAUCAUCUAGAGGUACUCAAAGGUACUCCAGAUCAGCAGGACAUUCCUGAUAAUACCCCUGUCUUAGGACAGGUCUUUAGUGCUGUCCCACAUCAGUGGGAAGUUCCUGGUGCUAACCCAGUUCAUGGAGAGGCUGUAGGUGAGAACCCAGACCCACCAGAGAACUCUGGUGCUAUUUCAGUCCAAGGAGAGGUCAUUGGUGCUAUUCUAAAUCAACAAAUCCUUGGUAUGGAUGUUGGUACUGCCUCAGACCCACCUAUCUUUCUUCCUGCUCCUCUAAACCCAACUGUUACUUAUAAUCCUCUCCCAGAAUGUCCUGAUCCCCAGACCACUGUUUCACAUGGGCUUGAGGUCCAGGAUACUAUGCAGAUUUCAUCUUUGGGCUCAGGUCACACUCCUCAACCACCGUCAAACUCAGAGAUAAAUCCUGAACCUCCAGUAAUGACUACAGGCAAUAUAGAAAAUGAGAAGCAAGUUCAUAUAAGCUUUCUACUAGCUAACACACAGGGGUUCACAUUAGCCCCCGAGGAAGGACUCUACCAUGCUUCACAGGGCAUUGCCCAACACUCCCCGUCUAGUCCCAGCAAAUCGGAAGGAGGGAGCUCUGAGAUCAACACCACGGUGGUGUCUGGGCCAGUGUCACUUGCCAAUACCACCUCUUCUCCUUCCUACACGACUUUGCUACCUACUUUGGAAAAGAAGAAACGGAAGCGAUGUGGGGUCUGUGGGCCAUGCCAGCAGAAGGCCAACUGUGGUGAAUGUACUUACUGCCAGAACAGAAAGAACAGCCACCAGAUCUGUAAGAAGAGGAAAUGUGAGGAACUGAAAAAAAAGCCACCUGUGAUCAUGUCUUUGGAGGUUAUAAAGGAAAACAAGAGGCCCCAGAGGGAAAAGAAGCCCAAAGUUUUAAAGGCAGAUUUUAACAACAAACCAGUAAAUGGCCUCAAGUCAGAAUCCAUGGACUACAGUAGAUGUGGUCAUGGGGAAGAAAAAAGGUUGGAAUUGAACCCACAUCCCCUUGAAAAUGUAACUAAAAAUGAAGAAAGUAUGACAGGUGUUGAAGCGGAGAAGUGGACGCAGGACAAGACGUCACACUUAACUGAUCAAGUCAAAGGAGAUGCUAAGGCCAUUGUAACAGAAGCUGAAAAAUGGAAAAACUCUGAAGACGACACAAAGAAAGUCCUACUCACUGAACUCCUUGAACCUCAAAAAGUGUUUGCACAAACUGUAAGAAACGGCAUUAAAAAUGUACACUAUUUACCAAUGGAAAAAAAUGUGUCUUUUAAAAAAAUUAACAUUGAAGAAUUUGGCAAUGCAUUUGAAAACAGUUCCUAUAUACUCCUGAAAGACGCCUCCAUCCACAACAAUGCCAUGAGCUCCAUCUCUGCUAAUUCAGGCCGUGACCUCCUUAAGGGGAGAAGUGAUGUUUUACCCUUCCAGAAGCCUGGCUCUAACUGCAAGUCUUUUCCAGAUCCUACAAACUUUAACGUAAAUAGUCAUACUAGUACACCCACUGAAAGUGAUCAACCAAAACUAGAUAUUAUACCAAGUAAAGAACCAAAACAUGGAUCUCCAGUUCAACCACGUUUUCUAUCCCUAAUGAAAGAUAGGAGUUUAACGAUGGAGCAAGUGGUUGCUAUAGAAGCUUUGACUCAGCUUUCAGGAGCACCUUCAGAAAAUUCCUCACCGACUCAGCUUUCAGGAGCCUCUUCAGAUAAUUCCUCACCGACUCAGCUUUCAGGAGCCCCUUCAGAAAAUUCCUCACCAUCAAAGUCAGAGAUGGAUGAAGAAGCAGAGCAGAAGGCAGCUAGUUUACUUAACUGUAAAGCUCUCCUCUGUUCUGUACGUAACGACCUCCAAGAACCAAAUUUGCAAGGGGAGCCUCAAAGCCUUCAUCACUAUCCGUCUUUGGGAAAGCAAAGUUCAUGCAACACUGUGGUGUUCAAUGGCCAAAAUAUGAUUUCCAAGUCACAUAACAGCUCAGCGACUAACCAAGUAUCCACGAAGCCACAGGAAUAUUCAAAAGUCAAAAAUUCAGUAUCUCUCUUUACACCAAAUUCGAGUUCAUCCAAAAUUGACACCAAUAAAAAUAUUGCUCAAAGUAAAAUUAAUCUUGAUAGUUGUCCCAAAAGUUUGCAUCACUUGCCACCAACAGAUAAUAAAUUGGGGCUCUGUAACCAGUUAUUGGACAGCAGUAAAAAGUUGGACUCAAAGGAUGACCCAUCAUGUCAAGAUACAGUUCAUAGUAAAAUAGAAGAAGAUGUUGCAGCACAGUUAACACAACUUGCAUCGAUAAUUAAAUUCAAUUAUGUAAAACCAGACGGAAUAAACGUUGAGAGUACACCACCAAACCUUGUGUGUAAUGUGCAGCAGAAACACAGUCAGGAGAAGGGCACAAUACAACAGAAACCACCUUCCAGUGUACAAAAUGAUCAGAGCUCAUCAUUAACAAAGCAAAAGAACACAACCCAGAAAAAGACAAAAUCUACACCAUCAAGAGAUCGGCAGAAAAAAAAGCCUGCAGUCAUAAGUUGUCAAGAAAAUGACCAGAAAAAGCAGCAGCAGCUGUCAUAUGAGUAUAGUAAAUUACAUGACAUUUGGAUAGCAUCUAAAUUUCAAAGAUUCGGUCAAUUUGGUCCACAUGAUUUUCCUGUUCUGUUGGGAAAAAUUCCUCCCAUAACCAAAGUAUGGAAACCACUAACUCCAACAAGUCCAGCAUUAGAACACAAAAAAUUAUUUCCCCCACUCGCUCAGAUAAAAUUUGAGCGAUAUUAUCCUGAAUUAGCACAGGAAAAAAUGAUGAAGGCUGAUCCAUUGGAUUCCCUCCCCAUAUCCCAGUUACAAACAGAAUCCAAUGGGCAGGCGUUUACAGAAAAUGUUUAUAAUUCUCAGGUACAGCCUACAGUGAAUGUCAAUCAGAAAGCUCAUCCUUUACUCCAGCCCUCUUCUCCAGCUAAUCAGUGUGCUAAUGUGAUGACUGACGAUCACCAAACACAGUUCCAGCGAGAUGUUCAAGACCAACUCAUGCAUGAGAGACUGCCACCAUGGCCAGGGAUCUCUCAUGAGACCCCCUCAUUGGACCCAGCACAAGUUCUCAGGAAUGUAAAUGUAGUGUGUUCAGGUGGAAUUACAGUGGUUUCUACCAAAAGUGAAGAGGACAUCUGCUUACCUAGUGUUGGAGCAUCAGAAUUUUCCCCAGUAGUCAAUGCACAUAAAAGUUUUCAUAAUUAUGCCAUGAACUUUUUUACUAAACCUACAAAAAACCUGGUGUCCACAACGAAAGAUUCUGAACUGCCACCCUGCAACUGUCUUGAUCGAGUUAUACAAAAAGAAAAAGGCCCAUAUUAUACACACCUUGGGGCAGGACCCAGUGUUGCUGCUGUCAGGGAAAUCAUGGAGAAUAGGUAUGGGCAAAAAGGAAGCGCAGUAAGGAUAGAAAUAGUAAUGUAUACUGGAAAAGAAGGGAAAAGCUCUCAUGGGUGUCCAAUCGCUAAGUGGGUUUUAAGGCGGAGCAGCGACGAAGAGAAGAUUCUGUGUCUGGUGCGGCAGCGGGCGGGCCACCACUGCCCCACGGCCGUGAUGGUGGUGCUCAUCAUGGUGUGGGACGGCAUCCCUCUCCCCAUGGCAGACAGGCUGUACUCCGAGCUCACCGAGAACCUGAAGGCCUACAACGGCCGCCCCACCGACCGAAGAUGCACCCUCAAUGAAAAUCGUACCUGUACAUGUCAAGGAAUUGAUCCAGAGUCUUGUGGAGCUUCAUUCUCUUUUGGCUGUUCAUGGAGUAUGUAUUUCAAUGGCUGCAAAUUUGGUAGAAGCCCAAAUCCUAGAAGAUUUAGAAUUGAUCCAAGUUCUCCCUUACAUAGCUACUAUGAAAGAAUUACUAAAGGACGUAUUCCAGAAAGAAGAUAUGUGAAACCGGAAGCAAUCUGUCCAGGACAGGAGGCCAUGGAAAAAAACCUUGAAGAUAAUUUACAGAGUUUGGCCACACAAUUAGCUCCAGUUUAUAAACAGUAUGCUCCAGUUGCUUACCAGAACCAGGUAAAGUACGAACACGUUGCCCAAGAAUGUCGGCUUGGCAACAGAGAAGGUCGUCCUUUCUCUGGGGUCACCGCUUGCCUAGACUUCUGUGCCCACCCCCACAGGGACAUUCACAACAUGAAUAAUGGAAGUACUGUGGUUUGUACUUUGACACGAGAAGACAACCGCUCAUUAGGUGUUAUUCCUCAAGAUGAGCAGUUGCAUGUGCUGCCCCUUUAUAAACUGUCAGACACAGAUGAGUUUGGCUCAAGGGAAGGAAUGGAAGCCAAGAUCAGAUCUGGUGCCAUUGAUGUCCUCACACCCCGCCGCAAAAAAAGAACAUGUUUUACUCAGCCAAUUCCUCGCUGUGGGAAGAAAAGAGCAGCUAUGAUGCCAGAGGUCCUCCCGCAUAAGAUAAGGGCUGUGGAGAAGAAAUUCAUUCCUCGAAUCAAGCGGAAGAAUAACUCGACAACAAACAACGGUAAGGCUUCAUCACCGUCACUUUUAGGGAAUAAAACUGAGACCUUGCAACCUGAAAUUAAAAGUGAAAUUGAGCCCAAUUUUAUCUUCAAAGGUUCGGACAACAUUAAAACCUACUCACUGACCCCAUCCAUUCCUCACCCAGUGAAAGAGACAAACUCGCCCCCAGGCUUCUCCUGGUCCCCUAAGACUGCUUCCAAGAACGACGUCCCGGUUCCCUGCGGGCUUUCCGAAAGAGGCAGCCACCCGCACUGCAUGAUGCCUUCUGCGGGACACAGUGGUGCUAACGCUGCUGCUGGGGCAGGCCCUGGAGUCGCACAGCCCGGUGAAGUGAGUCCUCCCGCCCUGCCCGCCCCCCUCUCAGAGUCCCCGGGUGGCUCUGAGCCCCUCACGGGGCCAUCUGAGCAGCUAACUCCCCAGCAGCCAGACCAGCAGCCCCCCCUCGUCACCUCUGCUCCUGACCUUGCUUCCUCUCUGGUGGAAGAAGAAGAGCAGCAUUCGGAAGCAGAUGAGCCUCUGUCGGACGAGCCCCUGUCCGAUGACCCCCUGUCGCCCACUGAGGAGAAGGUCCCCCACAUUGACGAGUAUUGGUCAGACAGUGAGCACAUCUUCUUGGAUGCCAAUAUCGGGGGGGUGGCAAUAGCGCCUUCCCAUGGCUCUGUUCUAAUCGAGUGUGCCCGGCGAGAGCUCCAUGCCACCACCCCCGUCAGACACCCGAACCGGAAUCAUCCCACACGCCUCUCCCUGGUCUUCUACCAGCACAAAAACCUAAAUAGGCCCCAACACGGUUUCGAACUAAACAAGAUUAAGUUUGAGGCUAAAGAAGCCAAGAAUAGGAAAAUGAAGGCCUUGGAGCAGAAAGGUCAGGCAGCUGGUGAGGGUUCUAAGCUGUCCCCUGAAAUGAAUGAAUUGAACCAAAUUCCCUCUCAUAAAGCAUUAACAUCAACCCAUGACAAUGUUGUCACCGUGUCCCCUUAUGCUCUCACACACGUUGCAGGGCCCUAUAACCAUUGGGUCUGAAGGCUUAUCUCCCCUUCUGAUGCCUUUGCUAGUGCAGUGUAUUUCUCCAAGGUGCUGUUAAAGGAAAGUCAUGUUGUUGUUUACUAGAUCUUCAUCUCACCCAUUUGAAAGCUGAAGUUAAAGAAAAAUAAAUACACAAUAGGGUGGGUAUUUCUUAACUGUGACUAUAUUCUGACAAUUGGUAGAUGGUGCACAUUUUAAGCAAAAAUAAAAGUUUUAUAAUUUUAAAUACAUAAAGAUAUGUUUUGGUUAGGUGUUAACCUUGAGAGAAUCACUCAGUUUGGUGCUUUAAAUUAAGCCUGUUUACUAUGAAAUGAGUAAUUUUUAGAGGAUUUUAACUGGUAAUGUGCUAUGAUGUAAAAUCAAGAUACACAGUGUUAACUCUACACAGCUCCUGGUGCUUAACCACAUGGACACAGUUAAAAAUAAGCUGAAUUAUUAUUUCAUGGUGCCAUUGUUCCAACAUCUUCCAAUCAUUGCUAGAAAAUAGGCAUAUUCCUUUUAAAUAAACCAAUGAAAUGUUUUGUCUCUUAAAGUAUCUCUCCUGUAUAAAAUAAUUCAUUAUUGUUAGUAAUGGUUGGAGGCUGUUCGUAAAUUGUAAAUAUAUAUUUUAAAAGCACUUUCUAUUUUUAAGAGUAACUUGAAAUAGUAUAGUAUAAGAAUCCUAUUGUCUAUUGUUUGUGCAUAUUUGCAUACAAGAGAAAUCACUUAUUCUUGCUGUGUAGAGUUCCAUCUUAUUAACUGCAAUAUGUAUUCUAAUCAUGUAUAUGGUUUGUGUUUUUUAAUGUGUUUUUUCUCACUCAAAUAUUAGCUACUUAUAUAAAACAGAUCAUGCGAAAUUGGUUAAUUAUCUAAAAUUGGAAUUUGAAAGCAUAUCACCAAUAUUGAUUAACAUUUUCUUGGGAACUAAUUAAGAGUGAUCUCUUCUGAUUUACUGAGCAACAUUGAUCCCAAUUUACUUUCAUUGUAGCUUUCUCAAUAUAACCCAUGAAAGGUGUUUCUAAAAGGAGAUGGGACAUAAUAGGAUUCAGAAGAGUCAAAUGCUUAUAAAGUUUCAGGGUGAUAAAAUACAAAAAUUAAGUAAUAAGGACCCUACCCAUCCCAAAUUGCCUUACUUGUUCUGAAAGUCAUUCUGGUACAGAAUAGGAAUAAAAUUUUAGUAGAAAUAUUUUGAAAACAAAUUCCUUAUUAUCAUCACACACCCCAAACAAACAGUAGGAAUGGUAUUAUAAAUAUAGUUCUAUUCAUUAAGAGCUAAUUCAAAAUUUAAACAUACAGUUUUGGGAAAAUAACUUCUGCGAUAAUUGCCUGUGUUCUAGGUAACAGGAAAAUAGGCAAUCCGUGUAUUUCAGCUCUCCCAUUAUUUUUUCUAUUACUCUCUUGAUUCACAGCAAAAUGAGAGAGAUUACCCAAAGCAAACUUUUAGAACAGGAAGAAAUUUCAGUGAAAUACUUGAUUCUGUUAAAAUGCAGAGGUGCUAUAAUAUUCAAAGUCUCAGAUUCCUUGGGAGUAUGGAAAACCUAAUGGUGCUUCUCCCCUGGAAAUGCCAUAGGAAGCCCACAACCGCUAACACUCACAAUUCUGGUGCAAAAGCAAACAGUUCCAGUAAGCUCUCUAAAGAAAACUCAUCAUAACAUAUUAAAGUAAUAUAUGGUGCAAAGUAUCAGUUUCAAGCUUUUGACUAAUCAAAGUAAAGGAAUAUGAAGGGAUUGUAAAUAAAAUGUCCAUUGAUAGACCAUCUUCUUGUACAAGUAGACUUCUGCUUUUGAAUAUGUAAAAUAGGGUAAUUCAUUGACUUGUUUUAGUAUUUUGUGUGCCUUAGAUUUCUGUUUUAAAACAUGUAUAUUUUUGUGAGCCUAAGGUUUCUUAUACAUAUAAUUAUAUAAGUGAUUGUUUAUUGUUUCAGCUGCUUAAAUAAGAUAUUUACUAGUAUUAGACUAUCAGGAAUACACCCUUGUAAUAUUUCGUUUUAGGCCUUAGCUCUCACUAGAAAUUAUUUUCUCACCAGAUUUAAUGGAUAAAGCUUUAAUGUACUUUAUCCGUCCAUCCAUUAUCCAUUCUUUCAUUCAACACUUAUUGAAUGUCUGCAAAAUUUAACUAUUAACUUGUUUUUCUUUGAAUCACCACCCAUGACAGUAAACUUGAAGAAUUAAAAUCCUAGAAGAUAUUCUAACUCAUAUUUUUCAAAGAAAUAGCACAUUCCCAUCAAAACAAUCCAUUGUGAUGUGUGUGUGUGUGUGUGUGUGUGUGUGUGUGUGUGUGUGUGUGCGUGUGUGUGUGCGUGCGAGCAGCAAUUCAGAUCAGUGUCACUAACUUAAAAUAAGUUCCUUAACAAUCUAAACUUGAAGCACUAAUGUUGAUUUAGGGAAAUACUGGUAUUUUUUAAGUUAGUUGCAGUUUACCAAAACAAGUACAUGAAAAUAUCCAGUCUCGGCUAAAAAUGUCUCCAUUCAGUUAUUAUAACACCGUGAAUGGCCUGCUCAACUGAUAACCCCGUGGUGGGAACCACACAUGAUUCUUGCAUUGUUGGACUCUUUCAUAAGUUUAACAGUUUACCGUCCCAUUGUGUGCCCUGUAAUUUUUUUAAAGCUCAUGAUUGUUUAAUGUUCUGCAGCAUUGUGAUUGUAUGCUGGCUACACUGCUAUUAGAUUGCUCUUUUUCAUGAAGCACGGAAAUAAAUUUGUUUGAAAUGUCAUUCUCACUCAGAAAA